AAUAAAAGAGCUCAAAAUUCAAGGUGGGUCUGUUUGAAAUAUGUGAGAGAGAGAGAGAGAGAGAGAGAGAAGUUGUUGUAUAAAAUACUGUAUUCUUGAGUAUACGAUCAAAAAGUCAAAGUAAGUUAUUAGAGGAGUAGUAUUUAUCUGCAAGAAAGGCUCGCUGGUUAGGGUUUUCAGUUUUCUUUUGGGCUCCUCCCUCGUUUUCAGCUUCUGGGUGUUGCUCAAAUAGUGAUAAAUCGGUGUUUCAAGCACUGGGUCUUUUGGAUUAUGUGUUGGGUUAGUGUUAGUUCUGCUUCAAGUUUUUGUUUUUUCUAUGCAGUUUGUGGUGGUUUUGGUGAAUUUGGUGCUGGAAGGGGUUGUUAAGGUUUAGAGGGUCUUUUGUUGUACUUUUAGUUUGUGAAUUUUAAGGUUUGCGGGUUGAUUCUGUUGGUUGGUUCGAUUUUGGAUUUGGGUUUGAGUUUUAGCUUUUGUUUGUUUGGUAAAAGUUGCAUCUUUGCUCUUAUGGUAUGGAAUAGAAGGUGAUGAAGUGGUAGUUCGACUUGGCUUGAGAAGCUACUUGUACUAUAGUCUGUGAUUUUGGAGUUCCUGGUUAGUUUGAUUUUGUAAAGGGGUUUAAGAUUUUUGGGUUUUGUUUUGAGGGGGUUAAGGUGGUGAAUUUGAUGAUCAUGGUGAUGGUGAUUCAUGGGUAGUAGAACAGUGAAGAUUGGAACAGAAGAUGCUAAUAAAGUUGUGACCGGGAUGCCGAGCUUCGUUCCUGCUAUACCCACGUCUAAUUCCCUUGGCACAGAAGGAAACGCCAUCGGUUCUUCUCGAAUUUCAGAAUUCGGAACUUUUGAGCAAUCACUUGGAUUUCGCAUAGAGGAUGCUGUUGACCUAAGUAGAAAUCCUCUAUAUAACCAGAUGAAGUCAAGUAGCCAGACCCUAGGUACAGAAGUUCAAUUUGCCACUUUAAAUAAGUCACUUGCAUCUUCAGAUAUAAAUCUAUCUGCUGCUAUUGUGGGGUCUCAGACUUUAUCACUACAAAAAGAAUCACAAUCAAAUCUAGUUUCUACAUCUGGUGGCCAUCGUGAGAACUGGGGGGAGUCCACGAUGGCAGAAGGAAGCCCCAGGACUGAUACCUCAACAGAUGACACGGAUGACAAGAAUCAAAGGCAUGAAAGGGGUCAAUUGGCUGCUGUUGCGGUUUCUGAUUCCAGUGACAAAUCAAAAGAGAAAUCAGGGGAUCAAAAGACUUUACGCCGGCUUGCUCAAAAUCGUGAAGCCGCCAGGAAAAGCCGAUUAAGGAAAAAAGCAUAUGUGCAACAACUUGAGAGUAGCCGCCUAAAGCUAACUCAACUAGAGCAAGAGCUCCAGCGAGCCCGCCAGCAGGGCAUAUUCAUUUCAAGCUCAGGAGACCAAUCCCAUUCAAUGAGCGGAAAUGGUGCCUUGGCAUUUGAUGUAGAGUAUGCACGGUGGCUUGAGGAGCAUAACAGGCAUAUAAGUGAGCUCAGGGCUGCAGUCAACUCGCAUGCUGGCGACACGGAGCUUCGCACUAUAGUUGACAAUGUUACAGCACAGUUUGAUGACAUUUUCAGGCUGAAAGGAAUUGCAGCAAAGGCUGAUGUUUUCCACAUAUUAUCAGGAAUGUGGAAGACUCCAGCGGAGCGGUGUUUUAUGUGGAUUGGUGGCUUCCGGUCAUCUGAACUCCUCAAGCUUCUUGUGAAUCAAUUGGAGCCUUUAACUGAGCAACAAUUGGUAGGCAUCUACAACUUGCAACAGUCAUCCCAGCAGGCUGAAGAUGCUCUGUCACAAGGCAUGGAGGCAUUGCAACAAUCCCUGGCUGAGACAUUGGCCAAUGGCUCACCUGGCCCAUCAGGAUCAUCUGGGAAUGUGGCAAACUAUAUGGGUCAAAUGGCCAUGGCCAUGGGAAAGCUUGGAACACUUGAGGGUUUCCUUCGCCAGGCUGAUAAUUUGCGUCAACAAACACUGCAACAAAUGCACCGUAUAUUGACAACCAGGCAAUCAGCUCGUGCUCUUCUUGCAAUAAAUGACUAUUUCUCUCGUCUUCGAGCCCUUAGUUCCCUCUGGCUUGCGCGGCCACGGGAAUGAGAAGCACAAAAUUGUCCUGAUGAAGUUCUUUUUGAAGACUGACCCAAUCCUAUCAAAUGAUCAUUAAGCAUAGAGUUCAUAAAGGAUCAGUCAUAUGAUUCACCAUUCAGUGGAUUUGCUGUUGAUCUUUAACCCUAAAUUCAUUUGGGAUUGGGUUGUCAUGCAUUAGUCACAUUGAUCAUCAAAUUGAAAGUUGCAGAUCUCUUUGUUGUUGAUAUCGUCUCCAUCUGCACUUCUAGUGUCACAUAUGUUUACCUAGGUCGUUUAUUCUCAUUUCUUAUGUUUAAACUAUAGGUCCAAUAAUCUGAUUAUGAUAGCUGUUUAAUAGAACCAGGAAGGAAAAUAGGAUAGUAUUUGUAAUGUAGGUUACAGUAAUUGAUUUGUAUACCAGAAUCAGAUUAUAUAUUGGUGAAGGAGCUUUUUUUUUUUUUUUUUUUUUUUGGUGUUUGGAUUUUCUUUAUUCAUAUUCAGCAUGUGAAUAUGUUGCUGUGCACAAUUUCAUUGGCAAUGAUAAUUUCGUAGGUUGGUUGUA